AAAAAAAUUGGUUGGAGAGAGAAUAUGUUCCAAGUCCAUGUACUAGACUUUUCUGUAAUGUGUUUCACCCAAUAAUAUCACGCUCCUUUCGCGGAUUAAUCAUCAUCACUCCAGUUAAUUUCUGGAUUUGGAAGAAGAUGGAUUGGCAAGGACAGAAAGUAGCGGAACAAUGGAUGCAAAUUCUACUACUAGUAUUCGCCGUAAUUGCAUUCGCAACAGGUUAUACUUUAGAAUCUUUCCAAUUGAUGAUCUUAAUCCAUGCAGGUGGUGUCUGUUUCACCGCUUUACUCAUUAUCCCUAAUUGGCCUUGCUUUAAUACUCAUCCUCUCAAUUGGCUUGAUCCUUCUGAAGCUGAUAAACACCCUAAACCCCAAGUUUCUAUCAAUUCUGCAUCUAAUAAGAAGAAUACUAGGCAAAAGUGAACAAUUUUUAGAAAGAAAGGAACAACAAUUUGUGCAAUAUGUUUUUUGGUGAAAUUAUCAUCGUUUAUGUUUUUACUGUUCGUUUUAUAUGUUUGUUUGUAGAUUUGUUUUUUGGGAAUGAUUUGUAGAUAUGUUAAUCUGUAGGUUAUGUUGGAUUUUGUAAUUUUGUUUUUAUGAGUUUAUAUGGAAGAUUUAUAUGAUGAUGAAUGAUAAUUUUGACUUCAGUAAUUUUUUGUUCACUUGAUCAUUGAUGGAUUGAUUGAUUAUUAGAAGGUUAUGAUGUAUAAUGAUAUAAUACGACGUUCAUAGUGCAAAAAUAAGGCCAUAUAACAUUAGUCAUGUUGUGAAGGUUUUGAAAAACACAAAAACAAACCGAUAUUGCCAGCAUGAUAAAGGCGUGAAAAACCGCGUUUUUGUUGUUAGAAGGAAUUUUGGUGUCACAAUCACUAGAAUGGACUCUUGCAUAAGUCAUUUUUCAAAUGGAGCUUGGAGAAUUAGGGGAAAAUGUUUUUUGUCUUGAUUGGUUUUCUAGGAUUCUUCCGAAUUCACAUUUUCUUUUAUCCUUGUAUUGUUUCUGGUUGCUUAAGUGGUUUAUGUUAGUUAUUGUCUAGGUUAAUGUUGCACCUAGAAAGGCCAAGUUGGUUGCUUAAAUGGUACUUACAAAUUGUAGGAUGCAGAAAUUGCAGAUAAAUAGUUAAUACUUGAUCUGCACCUAAUAUAAGGUGUUUCAUAAAUUGAGGUAUUAUAUUUGCUUUUGAGAAGGAUUAUAAGAUUUAAAUACGGUUUAGUCAUUUAGUGUAGCUAUAAACAAUCGUAAAAUUUGCUUAAAUUUAAAUUUGAAUUUUUUUAAGUUGCUAAAAAAUUAUAUAUAGCUAAUUUUUAAUUUUCAAAUGAAAUCGUAAUUGUCAAACAUAGCAUAAGAACAAACACUAAGGCAUACGAGAAGGAUCAAAUUAUUUUCAUAUCUCAACGACAGUGAAGUUUUCGAUUUUG